GGCAAGUCUGAAUCCUGACUCACUCAUUUACAACUUGAAAAGGAUUCAUUUUAUGCAUGUCAUUUUACUCACCCCCUUCUAUUUAAUUACCGAAACCAUCAGAGAUUGAUAAAGGGGUGUUUAAAUUAAGGAUCUGAUGAGGUUACUCAGGGAGUCUCCGGAGGCUCCUGAGGCUAUUGCCUGUAGUUUGUAAACACCAGUAGCAGAGAUGAGAUGAAGAAAAUGUUCAGUGACUGCUUCUUUGCCAGAGCUGAGUCUGAUUUGUUUGGAAACUAGUCCUUUUUAUUGCUUAAAGAGAUCUUGCAGGAUUGUUUGCCUGGUUAUGCUCGGCUGAAUGCCCUCUGAGUCAAGCAACUGAAGGACGGGAGACCACUUUUCCUCUGGAUAUGUGUCACAAAGAUGUCUACACGGAACUGCCAGGGGAUGGAUUCAGUGAUCAAGCACCUGGACACAAUCCCUGAGGAUAAAAAAGUCAGAGUUCAGAGGACACAGAGCACUUUUGACCCGUUUGAGAAACCAGCCAAUCAAGUGAAAAGGGUGCAUUCUGAGAACAAUGCUUGCAUUAACUUUAAGUCCUCUUCUGCUGGCAAAGAGUCACCUAAAGUUCGAAGGCACUCCAGCCCCAGCUCGCCGACAAGUCCCAAGUUUGGAAAAGCUGACUCAUAUGAAAAACUGGAAAAGCUAGGGGAAGGAUCUUAUGCAACAGUAUACAAAGGGAAAAGCAAGGUAAAUGGGAAGCUGGUGGCUCUAAAGGUGAUCAGGCUGCAGGAAGAAGAGGGGACACCUUUCACGGCCAUCCGGGAAGCUUCUCUAUUGAAAGGAUUAAAGCAUGCAAACAUUGUGCUGCUCCAUGACAUCAUCCACACCAAGGAGACACUGACGCUUGUCUUUGAAUAUGUGCACACUGAUUUAUGUCAGUACAUGGACAAGCACCCUGGAGGACUCCAUCCAGACAAUGUGAAGUUGUUUUUAUUUCAGUUGCUGCGAGGGCUGUCUUACAUCCACCAGCGGUAUAUUCUGCACAGAGACCUGAAACCACAGAACCUUCUCAUCAGUGACACGGGGGAGUUAAAGCUGGCAGAUUUCGGUCUUGCAAGAGCAAAAUCCGUCCCUAGCCACACGUACUCCAAUGAAGUGGUUACCUUGUGGUAUAGACCUCCGGAUGUUCUCCUGGGCUCUACAGAGUAUUCCACCUGCCUUGACAUGUGGGGAGUUGGCUGCAUCUUUGUUGAGAUGAUCCAAGGAGUCGCUGCAUUUCCAGGAAUGAAAGACAUUCAGGAUCAACUUGAACGAAUAUUUCUGGUUCUUGGAACACCAAAUGAGGACACAUGGCCUGGAGUUCAUUCUUUACCACAUUUUAAGCCAGAACGCUUUACCGUGUACAGCUCUAAAAGCCUCAGACAAGCAUGGAAUAAGCUCAGCUAUGUAAACCAUGCCGAAGAUCUGGCUUCCAAGCUUCUACAGUGUUCCCCAAAGAACAGGCUAUCUGCACAGGCCGCCUUGAGCCACGAGUAUUUCAGCGAUCUCCCCCCGCGGCUAUGGGAGCUGACUGAUAUGUCUUCUAUUUUUACCGUCCCAAAUGUGAGAUUGCAGCCUGAAGCUGGAGAGAGUAUGAGGGCCUUUGGAAAAAACAAUAGUUAUGGCAAGAGUCUAUUGAACACCAAGCACUGACCGGCCCAGCGUUCUCAGGAGAGCACA